AUGAACGGCAACAACAAAUCCGGCGCUGCGCGCUUCGAUCCCACCUUCACCCGGAAUGUUAUCAAUGCCAUGGGUCCCAAGACUUCCCCUCGGAUGCGGGAAGUCAUGACCAGCUUGAUCACACACCUUCACGACUUUGCUCGCGAGAUUGAGUUGACAGUGGAAGAGUGGGAUGAGGGUGUUCGUUUGAUCAACUGGGCCGGCCAGAUGAGCAAUGACAGACGGAAUGAAGGUCAACUGGUGUGCGAUGUUGUCGGCUUGGAAACACUCGUGGAUGAAAUCACAUACAAGAAGGCAGCCGAAGCCGCCGAUCUGGCCACUCAGAGUGCUAUACUUGGUCCCUUCUUCCAGACUGACCACACGAUCCGCAAGAAGGGCGACAGCAUCUCCACCAAUACUCCGCAGGAUGCCGAAGUCGUGUAUUUGUACGGCCAAGUUGUGGAUGCCACUACCAACAAGCCCUUGAGAAAUGCUUCAGUCGAUGUUUGGCAAGCAUCCACAAACGGGUUGUACGAACAACAGGAUGAGAACCAACCAAAGUCGAACUUAUGCGGCAAGUUCUACACGGAUGAGAACGGAGAGUACGGCUUCUAUUGCUUGAGACCAACCCCUUACCCGAUCCCGUACGAUGGACCAGCGGGUAAACUGCUCCAAUUGCUUGACAGACACCCCUACAGACCAGCCCACAUCCAUUUCAUCGUGUUGGCCGAGGGCUACAAGCCCAUCACGACCCAGAUUUUCGACAAGGAGAGCAAGUAUCUCGACGAUGAUUCUGUCUUUGCGGUCAAAGACUCCUUGAUUGUCGAGUUCAUACCCCGACAAGGUGACGAGCAGGCUCAAAAGGAAUUGAGAUAUGACAUUAAGAUGGCUCCGCUGUCCUCCAAGGGAGAAUCCGGCGAAGCGCUAGUGACCGAAGGCAUGGGUCGCGGCUUUUAA